CCAUAGGAUCAGCUGGGUUGGGAAAGAGCUGUAGGAUCAGCAGCUCCAACCCUUACCCCAAGGCCACUGAGGCUGCCAGGAACCUGAGGGCUUGGAUUUGCCAGCCAGAGAACCAGAUGCCCUGUGCCCAGAAAGCUCCCAGGCUGCUGAAGGGGAUCCAGGCCGAGCUCUUCCCGGACUGCUCAGGGAACAUUAAGCUGUGCUGUCAGUUUGGUGCCAUUCACAGUGACUCCACCAUUACCUGGACUAAGGAUUCCAAGUUGCUGGCUCGGCUGCAGAGGAGUGCCCAGGAUGACUCUCCCGUCUCGUUGGCAAUAGCUAAAGCCAGUACCAAAGACCAGGGGAUGUAUUACUGCUGCUUGAACAAUAUGUAUGGGAAGGUGACUGCUGAGUUUAAUCUGACUCCAGAAGUGCUGGAACAUCUCUCAAGCUUCCAGAACUGUGAAGGUGUGGAGGAGAUCGAGUUCAUGCAGCUCAUGUUCAGAGAGGACUUCAUCAGCGACAGCUACUUCGGAGGGAACCUGCGUGGGGUGAUAGCCACAGAAGAGCUGCACUUUGGAGAGGGCAUGCACAGGAAAGCCUUCCGAAGCCGAGUGAUGCAGGGGCUGGUGCCAGUGUUCAGCCCUGGGCACCCCUGUGUGCUCAAGGUGCACAAUGCCAUCACCUAUGGGACCAAGAGUCAGGAUGAUCUGGUGCAGAAGAACUACAGCCUCGCACUGCAGGAGUGCUAUGUCCAGAACACUGCAAGAGAGUAUGCAAAGAUCUAUGCAGCUGAAGCUGAGCCCCUGGAAGGCUUUGGAGAGGUACCAGAGAUCAUUCCUAUCUUCCUUGUCCAUCGCCCUGCCAACAACAUCCCCUAUGCAACAGUGGAGGAGGAGCUGGUGGGGGAGUUUGUGAAGUACUCGGUCCGGGAUGGCAGGGAAGUGAACUUCCUGAGGAGGGAUUCUGAGGCUGGCCAGAAGUGCUGCACCUUCCAGCACUGGGUCUAUGAGAAGACCAACGGGAGCCUGCUGGUCACUGACCUGCAAGGUGUAGGAAUGAAGUUAACCGACGUUGGCAUAGCAACACUGGCCAAAGGAUACAAAGGGUUUAAAGGCAACUGCUCCUUCUCCUUCAUUGAGCAGUUCCGAGCCCUCCACCAGUGCAAUAAGUACUGUGAGAUGCUGGGGCUGAAAUCCCUGCGAAGCCCUCACCAGAAGCAGAGGAAAGCAACAGCCAUGAAGAGCAAACCCCUUCCACACUCAUCAUCCAUGAAGAAAACUGUGCCCAAGAAGGCCAGAGAACCCAGAGACUUCAUUGCCUCAGAGCACUGAGUUGCUCUGGACCCUCCUGAGGAGCUGGAGCAGUGAUGGGCACCAAUGAGCUGGGGAACAGCU